AUGGAGCUCCACUGCAAGCACGACCCGUUCGCGGCCAUGCACACGAAGAUAGCUCAUGCAGGGCACGGCGGCGUGAACCAGCUCGGGGGCGUUUUCGUGAACGGCCGACCUCUCCCGGACGUCGUGCGGCAGCGAAUAGUGGAACUCGCCCACCAAGGCGUGCGCCCCUGCGACAUCUCCCGCCAGCUACGCGUCAGCCACGGAUGCGUCAGCAAGAUCCUCGGCAGGUACUACGAAACGGGCAGUAUCCGCCCGGGUGUGAUCGGGGGAUCCAAACCAAAGGUCGCUACGCCCAAAGUGGUCGACAAGAUCGCCGACUACAAGCGGCAGAACCCCACCAUGUUCGCCUGGGAGAUCCGGGACAGGCUCCUGGCCGAGAGAGUGUGCGACAACGACAGCGUGCCCAGCGUCAGCUCCAUCAACAGGAUCAUCCGGACCAAGGUUCAGCAGCCACCGGGCCCAAUGGGCUCAGUCGCGGCUCACAAUUUAGCGACGUCAGUGGCCGCCACGCAGGUCUCCGCGGUGACCGGCGACUCGGCCGGCUCGUCGUACUCCAUCAGCGGCAUUCUGGGGAUCAGCUCGGCUGCCGAUGUUGGGAAGAGGAAGAGGGAUGAAGGUCUGCAGGAGUCGCCGCUGGCCAAUGGGCACAGCCACAGCGGGCGGGACUUCCUCAGGAAGCAGAUGAGAGGGGAGCUGUUCUCGCCGCAGCAGAUCGAGGUAUUGGACCGCCUGUUUGACAGACAGCCGUCCUGUCCGAUCCAAUCCAGCUCUGACCUCUAUGCGAGCCCAGACCCUGGCAAGCCGCUUGAGACAUCGGAUUACCCGUCCAUGGCGUCGCUAGCCGGCGGACUGGACGACAUGAAGAACGGUUUGGCCAAUCCCGGCACCGGGGCGGAAUUAGGAGCCGGCGUGGCCGGCCCGCAGUCCUAUUCACUCGUUCCGGGUCGAGACCUCGCCAGCACCACCCUGCCGGGCUACCCUCCUCAUGUCCCCCCCGCGGGGCAGGGCAGCUACUCCGCCCCGUCCCUGGCCGGCAUGGUACCAGGAGGAGAUUUCUCCGGGAGCCCGUAUUCCCAUCCUCAGUAUUCCACGUACAACGAAUCCUGGAGAUUUCCCAACCCGAGUUUAUUAGGGUCACCGUACUACUACAGCGCGACGUCACGAGGGGCGGGGCCCGCCGCCACGGCCUCGGCGUACGACCGCCACUGA